AUGGAUGAAGGAUUGGGUGAUGAAGUGGCUUCAAUGGACAUGGCGGAGGAGGCACACCUCCGAGGUAAAGAGAUUGAGUAUUCCGUGAAACCACCUGAAAGCGCCAACUUGUUGGAAUCUCGUGAAAUGGAUGUAGCGGGUGUGGGUGAUUAUCCUGAGAGCUCAUUUCAUGUACUUGCCGAUAUAUUGGAAGGUAAGAAUGGAAAUAGGAGUGCAAGCCCUAUAGAUUUGUCCGAACAGCCAUGUUCUAGCCCUCGCUCUAUGGAUGAUGCUGGGAACAUGGUUGAAGAAUUAAUGGUGAGAAAUUUUGAUGCUUCAAACUUAGCCAUUGUUGGUACAUCAAAAAACAGGGAAAGGAUACAAACUAGGCAGAGUCAGUGGCCGCAUCUUUAUCAACUUGGAGGGGGAUCGGUAACUGGGAUUUCACGAAAUAAUGCCAUGUAUAGGGACAGUGGUCAAGCAAUGCUAGAUGUGCAGCACUCAUUUUCACCUGACGUUUUGGUUCAAAAAACCUUGAGCAAUCAAAGAAAUGAAGUCUCGGAACAAUUGGCACAUACUGACUUCAAAGGGUUGAGCUCGCAUGCUAGUAUCCGUACAAAGAUUCUAUCGAAAUCAGGAUUCUCUGAGUUUUAUGUCAAAAACACCUUGAAAGGUAAGGGGAUUGUUUAUAGAGGGCCACCACAUGAUAACUUGAAACUUCAGUCAAGAGACCAGAAUAAUGAAAGGGCAGCUGGUAGUGCUUUGGCAGCUUCUGAUACUCCUUUGAACUUGAGUGCUAAAACUACGAUGAUGCCUUCUUCGUAUGGUAUUGCUGGGCCAAGGCCUGGUGGUUCUGAUCAUGAUGGAGUGAGUUUGAGGGAAUGGCUGAAUGCUGGACGGCACAAAGUGAAUAAACUUGAGUGCUUGCAUAUAUUUAGACAAAUUGUUGAUCUAGUGGAUUAUUCUCACUCUCAAGGAGUUGCCUUGCCUGACUUGCGGCCAUCUAGCUUCAAAUUGUUGCAAUCGAAUCGGGUUAAAUAUAUUGGUUCAGCUGUCUGUAGAGAUAUGGUUGAAAGUGUGACGGGUCAAGAUACACCCUGCUCUGACAAUCAUGUGGUCAGGAGAAGGCUGUUAGAACAAGGAAUGUUUUCUUCUGUUGCUGCAUUCACAAAGAAGCAGAAGUUCAGUGAGAGCAUGAACUAUAUCAGUCGCUGGCCUCAGUUCUCUGCGAAAUAUAAUUUGAAAAUUGAAACUACAAGUGCCGGGGGCAUCAAUGGAACUGUUUCACUAGAUUCUCUAAAUGAAGCUACUGAACAUAACUGUAAUGCAGAAUAUGGAAUUCAGGCCAAGUCCAGCAGCCAUCAACUGUCUAAAACAGGCCAACGACAGUUGACAUCUAUUAGCGACCAGUUGGAAGAGAAAUGGUAUACAUGUCCCGAGGAGCUCAGUGAGGGGAUCUGCAGGAUUGCAUCAAAUAUUUAUGGUCUUGGAAUUCUGCUAUUUGAGUUGCUUGGUCGUUUUGACUCUGACAGAGCACAUGCGACAGCAAUGUCAGAUCUUCGUCACAGGAUUCUUCCUCCACGAUUUCUAUCAGAGAAUCCAAAGGAAGCUGGAUUCUGCCUUUGGCUACUUCAUCCCGAACCUUCUUCACGUCCAACUACAUGGGAAAUCCUACAGUCUGAAUUGAUUAAUGGAUUGCAAGAGGUGUCUGCAGAAGAACUGUCAUCCUCUAUUGACCAAGAUGAUGCUGAAUCAGAACUAUUGUUGCAUUUCCUUGUUUCAUUGAAGGAGUUGAAGCAGAAGCACGCCUCUAAGUUAGUGGAAGAUAUUAGAUGCUUGGAUACUGAUAUUGAAGAGGUUGGUAAGAGAAACUGCUCAAAGAAACACUUGCUCCAUUCUUGCUUAGAGAAUGACUAUAUAAAUGCAAGGCAACCUACCUCUGAGCAUAAAGAACCUUCCAGGUUGGAGGCAGUUUCUCAAGUAUCACCUGAUUUUAAGACAAAUGACAUGAGGUUGAUGAGCAACAUCAGUCAGCUUGAAAGUGCUUAUUUAUCCAUGAGAUCCAAAGUCCAGCUUGCUGAGAUUGAUGCUACCACUCGCCAAGAUAAGGACUUACUGAGAAAUCGUGAGAACUGUUAUUUAGCACAAGAGACUGAAGAAACACAGAAUACCACUGAUUGCCUUGGAUCCUUUUUUGAUGGUUUGUGCAAGUAUGCUCGCUAUAGUAAGUUUGAAGUACGUGGGCUACUAAGAACUGGGGACUUCAACAAUUCUGCAAAUGUUAUUUGUUCUUUGAGUUUUGACCGUGAUGCUGACUAUUUUGCUGCUGCUGGAGUAUCAAAGAAAAUAAAGAUAUUUGAGUUUAAUUCACUCUUUAAUGACUCUGUUGAUAUUCAUUAUCCGGUCAUUGAAAUGUCUAAUGAGUCAAAGCUAAGCUGCAUUUGCUGGAACAGCUACAUCAAGAGCUAUCUGGCUUCAACUGGCUAUGAUGGUGUUGUGAAGCUAUGGGAUGUGAAUACUGGUCAAGGGGUUUUUCAAUAUAAAGAGCAUGAAAAGAGAGCUUGGUCUGUGGACUUUUCUGAAGUAUAUCCAACAAAAUUAGCCAGUGGAAGUGAUGAUUGUUCUGUGAAGCUGUGGAGCAUUAAUGAGAAAAAUAGUAUAAGCACAAUCAGGAACAUUGCAAAUGUUUGCUGUGUGCAGUUCUCUUCUCACUCUACUCAUUUACUGGCCUUUGGGUCUGCGGAUUACAGAACCUAUUGCUAUGAUCUUCGGAACGUUAGAACCCCCUGGUGUGUAUUGGCUGGCCAUGACAAAGCUGUGAGCUAUGUUAAAUUCUUGGACUCUGAAACUCUGGUUACUGCAUCCACUGACAAUUCGUUAAAGAUUUGGGAUCUCAAUAAAACCAGCUCUAGUGGUUCAUCCACUGGUGCUUGCAGCUUAACCCUUGGUGGGCACACUAAUGAGAAGAACUUUGUGGGUCUAUCUGUUGCCAAUGGUUACAUAGCAUGUGGUUCAGAAACAAAUGAGGUUUAUGCUUACCAUGGGUCUCUACCUAUGCCAAUCACGUCUCACAAGUUUGGCUCAAUUGAUCCUAUUUCUGGAAAGGAGACAGAUGAUGACAAUGGGCAGUUUGUUUCAAGUGUCUGCUGGAGAGGGAAAUCAGACAUGGUGGUUGCUGCCAAUUCAAGUGGGUGUAUGAAAGUAUUGCAAAUGGUUUGA